AUGUCUCAAAAUCUUCCAUGGUGCCAGGGCUGAUUUCCUGGGCUAAGAAACUGGAGAUCUCUUUGGAGCGUUUCUAAGCUCUCAGGAAUUCUUGGGUUAUCACCAGUGCUUCCAGUGUUCAGCACAGCCUUCUUUGAUGGGUAGAGGGUGAAUGAAUGGAUGGGAAAGGCUCAGUAACCUAUUCCUGUCACCCUCUGGAAACAAGGAGCUAAAAGGUCCACCUUUUACGUGGCAAAACUAAGGACAGGGUCACACUGUGAUUAAAUGGCAUCAGAAAUCACCUAUGCUGAGGUGAAGUUCAAAAAUGAAUCGCCGGCCCCAGCAGUCAAAGGACCUCCCGAGACAAAGAAGCCUGAGCAACAUCCCCAGAAGUACCCACUCUGGCUGCCAUGGUUGAUCUCACUGCUGCUUCUCUUGGUGUGCAUUGUCCUUGUUGUCGUCCUCCUUGUGGUUCCCUUCUGCCACAGCAGUGACCAGCCCUCAGCCCUGCAGCAGCAGUUCUCGCAGUGGGAGUGCGACUCAGCGGUGCCACAAGGCACAGAUGGAGGCUGGACGUGCUGCCCCAAGGGCUGGAAAAGGUUUCAAGGAAGCUGCUAUUUCCUGUCCAGUGAUACGAUGAAGUGUGCUGAGAGUGCACAGAACUGCAGUGGGAUGGGCUCCCAGCUGGUGGUGAUCAGCAGCAAGGCAGAGCAGGAUUUCCUUUCCAAACUGAAGAAUCAACAGCAGAAAAAUCAACAGCUUAAAAGAGACAAUUUCUACAUUGGUCUGUUUGAGAAAAAGGAGGGCCAGUGGCAGUGGGUGGACAAGACUCCAUACAAUGAGACAGCAACGUUCUGGCGUGCAGGAGAACCAAGUGAUGGCCAUGAUGAGAACUGCACUGUAAUGCAUAUGCCUGAAGAAAGCCUCAACAACUGGAAUGACGUCAAACCAGAUGUCCCGCAUUAUCGAAUUUGUGAAGCUGCAGCAGUAAUUGUGUGAUGGAAAUACCCCUGUCCUGAGUAAAGCUGGGAGCUCAGCAGCGAGCUGGGAACAGCUCUGGCUGUGCUGGGAAGGGUGGGGAGCUCUGACACAUCUUCACUGUG